AUGCCAUUCGAAUUGGCCCUUCGCUAUGGGUUCGCUGAUCUGGCCGCUGCACUGGCCGGUUACAAACCUACACAACCGCUGACCACUCAGACGGAUUGGUAUCAUCCGAAUUUGUCCAAAUUAGACACGGAUAGAUUUUUCACCAGUUGCGCGGCCACCAAAGAUGGGGCGUUUCUAAUCCGGCGUUUGUCACAAUCUGAACGAAAAUUUGUCCUCGUGCUCUACUAUCAACGGCAAACAUUGAAAUAUCAAAUCGAAGUGAUUGAUUUCUCAUUUCACAUGGAUACAAAAGAGGCCUAUUUCAUCGACAAGGGUGCAUUGCACUUGUCCCUGGAACACCUAGUGGAACACUACAGUCGAUUUGCUGACGGUAUUCCCGUUCGCCUACACUUUGCUGUUUCUCCCGCUGGUAUGGUUUUAAACAUUGAACAACUUGUCCCAUCCGGACUGGAAAAACGUGGAAAAUAUUCUCAGGAUGAAACUUACGGUUCACCCAACGCGGGCUCCGUUCGAUCACCCGGUGGUGUUAAUGUAGGCGGACUACUUCCCGCCGCAGCUGGACUGCAGAUGACAGGAACCGGAGGCACUCGUGUCGGUUCCGGUGCUGGUGAGUUGUGA